UUCCUUCACCUACACGUUCUCUCUCCCUCUCUCUCUCUCUCUCACACACACUCUCUCUCUCCUCUCUGUUUCAAUCAUCUUUAAUUUAUGUGUUGAACUUAGUGAAGUCUUGUUAUACUUCCACCAAAUUAAGCAAGAAAAAAUGGCGGAAUCAGAGGAAGCUAAGAAGCUAGAAUCGGAUGAGGCGCCAUCGGAUCCUCCAUCGGAACACACCGAAGCUCCGACAGACAUUGCAGAGGAGAAAUCGGUGAUUAUGGCACCUUCUUCUCCUGAUGAGAAGCUCAGUCAGUCCAAACCACUUGCCCUUGUCCUAAAGUUAUCAGAUUCUGAAGAAGGGAAAAGCAGUGAAGGUAUCAACAUAAAUGAUGUGCUUGCACGAGUUGAAAAAGAGAAGAGGCUGUCUUUAAUCAAAGCAUGGGAAGAAAAUGAGAAGUCAAAAGCUGAGAACAAAGCUCAUAAAAAGCUGUCUGCCAUUGGAGCAUGGGAAAGCAGUAAGGAAGCAAUUAUAGUGGCUGAACUCAAACAAAUUGAGGAGAGAUUGGAGAAAGAGAAGGCAGAGUAUGUGGAGAAACUGAAAAACAAGGCAGCACAAAUGCACAAGGCAGCAGAAGAAAAGAGGGCAACCAUUGAAGCCAAACGCGUGGAAGAAGUUCUCAAGGCUGAGGAGAUGGCGGCAAAUUACCGUGCAACUGGAGGUGCUCCAACGAAACUCUUGGGAUUUCUUUGAAGUUCAAAUUUCAGGCGUUUGGAUUCCUUUUUUUAAAUUUCUUCUUUGGAACUUUAUUUGUUGUGUACUGAGUGGCUAAAUGGUGGGGAAUUGGUUGUUCAUUGUAUUGUGUCUGUGUGUGUGUGUAUAACUGUAUUUGCAUAAAUUUGCCAAAAAAAAAAAAAAAAAAAAAAAAAAAGGAAAA